GUGUAUAAAAGUGGUGCGAACGACCGGUGGUUUUCUUGGUUCUUAUUAGUAUCGGCAAGAUGUUACUCAAUUGCAUACGACUUUUUGUUUGUGUGUUUUGUGUGAUUUAUUACACACAGUGUUGUGUCGGACAGUUUAUUAAUUUUAGAAAUUAUGACACGACUACAAGCCCGCCCUUGCCAUUCCCAGCUUGCCAAGCCGACAAUAUCGAAUGUCUUCGACGGGGUCUACGGACGUUCUUCUUCCUCAUGGAAUCCGCCCACUUUGGGAUGCAGUCCGUGGACCCUAUGAUACUCAACAGCCUAACAGUCGCUCUGCCAGAAGAGCAACUGUCAUUUUUAAUGAGGCGCAUCAACGUCACCGGUGCUAAGUGGACGAGACUAGCUGAAAGGAAAUUCAACUUGCCAGGCGGAAAGAAUGGCGUCCGCUUCAUAAACAACUUGCACGUCACUGGAGAAAUUACAAUGAUGACGGCGGCAAGAAUUGAUCCUUUCUUCGCUCAAAUUACGAUGGAUAUCCAGGAUGUGGAAAGUAACAUAACAUACACGUGGGCCGGACAACGAGGCUACGACAACGAAGAUUACAUAUUUGUAGGGCCCGAGAGGGUAGCCGUAAGAAAUUCAAGGACGCCGUUCUUCUAUUUGCAGUCAUCUGACGAAAGGGAUGCAGCCGACCUGCAACAAAUACUAGAGGGAAGACCAAGUGUUCUUGACCAUAUGUGUAAUGAAAUUACUAUAGCUUUAAUGCAUUCUGUUGUAGAUAACUUUAGACUGUUUGCUAGUAAGGUACCAGCUAAAAACUAUUAUGUGUAUGCAGAGAAUAAUAAUAAUAUUAGUAAUUUGUAAUUAAACAGUAUUCAUACUAA